AUGCGUGUGUUAAGGACAUUCAAGGACAGACCUUUGGCCUGCAUUCAUUGUUGUCAGAGAACACUGCAGAGCUUGUUGCAAGCCAGAGGUCAUCCCAGAGGAGCAGUUUCUGAAGUGUUUAGUUCAGGAAGUAGAUUACAAGAUCCUCUAUGUAGGGGUAUAAGUUCGAGACCCCAAGAUGUGGUUAUGAAUGUGUUUGAUAGGAAAGCAAAGAGACUACAUCGAGAGCGGACAGCUUUAGGCUUCAAUGGAGAGGAGGCUGCAGUUUAUGAGUAUAUCAAGGAAGAGUUUGGCUAUCGUUUGUCAGACCGGAUUUGUGAUAUCAAAAGAAAAUUUGAGGUGGCUGUAGACUUGGGAUGUGGGCGGGGCCAUGUAACAAAGAACUUGUACAGCGACAUGGUUGGGAGUGUCUACCAGUGUGAACUUUCUCCGGCCCUACUGAGACAAGCAGAAAAAUCGCCUGAAGUUCCUACAUACAAAGUUGUUGUGGAUGAAGAGUUUCUGCCAUUCAAGGACAAUUCAGUUGACCUCGUAAUCAGCAACUUAAGCCUGCACUGGGUCAAUGACCUGCCAGGAUGCUUGAGACAGAUCCUUCAGGCCCUCAAAAAUGAUGGUGUUCUCAUUGGCAACAUGUUUGGUGGCGACACACUCCAUGAGCUCCGAGUUUCCUUGCAGCUGGCAGAGAUAGAGAGAGAAGGGGGGUUUGCUCCUCAUGUGUCCCCAUUUGCAACAGUCAAUGACUUAGGGAACCUUCUCACUAGGGCUGGCUUCACUAUGUUGACCAUAGAUAUUGAUGAACUAAAAGUGACUUACCCUUCCAUGUUUCAACUGAUGUAUGACCUCAAAGGUAUGGCUGAAAACAAUUGCUCCUGGGCGCGCAAGACACAUUUGCAUCGGGACACGAUGGUUGCUGCAGCAGCGGUUUAUCAAGAGAUGUUUGGCAAUGAGAAAGGAGUCCCAGCCACGUACCAGGUGAUCAAUUUCAUUGGUUGGAAGCCAGACCCUAGCCAGCCCAAAGCAGCUAAACGAGGUUCAGGACAGGUUUCUCUGAAGGACAUCGAUAAAGUGAGUGUAAU